AUGCUGGUUAUUUCAUUCUUAUCUUCCUUUUGGAAUUCAUUAAUAACAAAUAAUCGACAUGCAGAUCCUUCAUCUUCUUGCCUUCCAUGCCGUGCACCAGUAGCUCGAAAUGGGUUUAUUAGAACGGAAAGUCUUCAAUCAGUGGUUUCUAUUGACAAUAAUGACGUGCAAUUGUCACAUCGGUAUUCGUGUAGUUCGAGUGAACUAUCUCAACAUUCAAAUUCGCAAUUGGGGUCAUUAGACGCGGCAUAUACACAUCCAACACCAUAUUCAAAUGUACAUCAUUGGCCUGGUCUUCGGUUUGCUAUGACGUGUACAUUGAAUCCUCCAUUAUAUGAACAGACAGAUAUUGUUCUUCAAGAUUAUGGGACAGAUGGAUUAUUACCGCCACCCCCGGUAUCAGAUUCAUGGAGACGUAUUGAUAGAUGGGCACAAAUACAUUAUCCAGAGUUAUAUGAUCAAUUGUCUUAUGGUGCUACAGUAGCAGAUGUAAACGAACUAGAAUAUGAAUUAGAAUGUCAUCUUCCCAAAGAUGUACGGGAAUCGUUUUUUAUUCAUGACGGGCAAGAGAGAGGUGGAAAACCUACAGGAAUUAUUUUUGGAAUUACAUUAUUAGAUUGUGAAGAGCUUUUAGAAGAAUACCAUUUGUGGAAAAAAGUAGCAAUAAAUUUAACUAAAAUUAAAGCAUCUGGUCCAUUUUUGAGAGAAAGAAGGCUAUUUAAGCAACAAGGUUCGUAUCCAAAGGGUUCUGUGCGUGAAGUCUACGCUCAUCCUGGUUGGAUCCCUCUAGGAAAGGAUUUUGAAGGAAAUAACAUUGGUAUUGACCUUGCACCAGGACCUACAGGAAGAUGGGGACAAGUGAUUCUUUUUGGAAGAGAUCAAGAUAUUAAAUAUGUGGUAGCACAUUCAUGGGCGUCUUUUUUGGCAAUGUUAGCCAAUGAUUUAGAAGAAGGUAACUGGACGAUUGACGAUACAACAGGAGAAUUAUUUUUGGGUACUUCGGACAAGGAACAUAUGAGUUAUUUUGAUGUUUUAAAACAUCGUUUACGAAAGCGUCAAAAAGAACGGUCAAAAUCAGUCUUAUCUAUGAUGAAUCCAAAUAAAAUUUCAGUCACGUUUAACGAAACACCCGCAAUUAUGAAUAUAUCCAAUAAAAACCUUAAAGAGACAUAUCGAUAUAAAGAUACUUUAUCUAUGAAAUUUGGAAAUACAACUCCUCCUAAAAACACUCUGCAUUUACAAAAUCAACUGUUAAUUAAAGAUACUUUAUCGACUAAAGUUGUACUCGCAACUAAAGACACUAAUAUUUUGAAAGAUAAUUCACAUGAGGAUGAUACUACUCUUCAAGAAAAGCAUACUUUAAAGGAAAACGUACUAAUUGUUUCGCCAAAUAUAAAACAAUAA